GGAGUACAUAGUUUGGAUGUCAGCAGUGGGACAUAUUACCAAAACAAAAUAUCCAUGGGACCAUUGUCUAAUCAAUGACUUGUAAAUUCAGGAGCUGUUAAAUUGAAAACAAGCGCUGGAAGAUGUCAAGUGAGGUGCUUGAGAGCAGCAGUGGGAUGGAGGAGACUGUGCAGAAAGAGAGUAAGGCUGGAAGCCAGAGUCCUCACCGUGGCUCCAUGAGAAGGGCUGUGGCAACCACUGUCACCUUUGAUGGGGAAGCCACUAUGGACCGCAGGAAAAAGAAGAAGAAGGAGUCCCGUCCUGAGUCAAUAAUAGUGUAUCGAUCUGAGAAUGAGAAUAAGGUGGAAGAAGAACAGGCAGAUGAAGAAGGAGGGGAGAGGAACUCUGAGGAAGGCUCCAAGUUCCUGGGUCAGUCUGUGGCAGAUGGUGUCUGGAACAUGCCUUUAGACAGCCGAUAUGUCACCUUGACUGGAACAAUCACCAGGGGAAAGAAGAAGGGUCAGAUGGUGGAUAUCCAUGUCUCAUUAACGGACAAAGAGCUGCAAGAACUGGCUAAGUCAAAGGAACCUCCUAAAGAGGACUUACCUGAGAAGAAGAAAUGUGAUGUUGGGCUGGACAAAGGACCUCACAUUGUCCUCUGGACCAUCAUCUGCCUCCCCAUUAUUUUUGUGGUGUCCUUCGUGGUUUCAUUCUACUAUGGAACCAUUACAUGGUACAACAUCUUCUUAGUGUACAAUGAAGAGAGGACCUUCUGGCACAAAAUCACCUUUUGUCCCUUUUUAAUCAUCUUCUACCCAAUUAUAAUUAUGGUUGUGUCUUUUUCUCUAGGCCUGUACUCAGCCCUUGCCCAGGUAACAUGGUCCUUUGGCUACUGGUGGCAUGCUGUCAGGGAUAUGGAGAAGGGCUUCUGUGGCUGGCUCUGCAGCAAGCUGGGUUUGGAAGAUUGUUCUCCCUAUAGCAUUGUUGAGCUGCUAGAUUCUGACAAUAUCUCAGGUAGUCUCUCUGGCAAGAGCUCUGCACAAGGGGUUGAGACCUCAGCAGUCUGAGCCUUUGCCGUGGUUGACUAUUUUGGUCAUAUGUAGGUGGUUUUCACCUAGAAA